CAAACAAAUGGUUUCACCCACUGCAGCUUUACAACUUUAGGGACGCUACCACUAUCUGGCCUGAAAGGGAGUGUUGUUUUCCGGAUGUGACACCAAGUUGACCCGGAAAAGGAGGAGAUCGGGGCAGUGAAACAUCCUCGGCGGCAAUGGAAGGAUCCAGCUACAGGGUGGUGUUUGAAAAGGGAGGCGUGUACCUGCACACCAGCGCUCGGAAGCACCAGGAUCCGGACUCACUUAUCGCGGGCGUCUUACGAGUGGUGGAGAAGGACAACGAUGUCCUCCUGCACUGGGCUCCGGUGGAGGAGGCUGGCGACCCAACGCAGAUCUUCUUCUCUAAGAAGGACCCAAGUGGAGGUGAGCCCAGCACCUCAGAGGAGGAACCCACCUUUGACCCAGGCUAUGAACCUGACUGGGCUGUCAUUAGCACAGUGCGGCCACGGCCCCACCUGGCAGAGCCCAGGAGAGGUGCAGAGCCCAGUUCCCCCCGGAGCUCCUGGGCCUUCUCUGUGAGCCUAGGGGAGCUCAAGUCCAUCCGCAGAUCCAAGCCAGGCCUCAGCUGGGCCUACCUGGUUCUGGUGACCCAGGCUGGAGGCUCCCUGCCUGCCUUGCACUUCCACAGAGGGGGUACCCGAGCCCUGCUCCGAGUCCUUAGCCGCUACCUGCUGUUGGCCAGCUCUCCACAGGACUCCCGCCUCUACUUGGUCUUCCCCCAGGACCCCUCUGCCCUCUCUGACUCCUUCCACCAUCUUCAACUCUUUGACCAGGACAGCUCCAACGUGGUGUCUCGCUUCCUUCAGGAUCCCUACUCUACCACCUUCAGUAGCUUCUCUCGAGUGACCAACUUCUUCCGGGGAGCCCUGCAGCCGCACCCUGAGGGCGCCUCUUCCCCUGAUCUACCCCCGCUGCCAGAUGAUGAGCCAGAGCCUGGCUUUGAGGUCAUCUCUUGCGUGGAACUGGGCCAGCGUCCCACAGUGGAACGUGCUCCUCCAGUCACAGAGGAAGAAUGGAACCGCCACGUGGGUCCUGAGGGUCGCCUGCAAAAUGUCCCUGAGUUGAAAAGUCGGAUCUUCUCAGGGGGUCUCAGCCCUGGCCUUCGGCGGGAGGCUUGGAAGUUCCUUCUGGGGUACCUUAGCUGGGAGAGUUCAGCUGAGGAACACAAAGCCCACGUGCGGAAGAAAACGGAUGAGUACUUCCGAAUGAAGCUGCAGUGGAAGUCUGUGAGCGCUGAGCAGGAGCGGAGGAAUUCACUGCUUCAUGGCUACCGAAGCCUCAUUGAGAGAGAUGUAAGCCGCACUGACAGGACUAACAAGUUCUAUGAAGGGCCUGAGAACCCAGGGCUGGGCCUGCUCAACGACAUCCUUCUUACCUACUGCAUGUACCACUUCGACUUGGGCUAUGUUCAGGGCAUGAGUGACCUCCUGUCCCCGAUCCUCUUCGUUGUUCAGAAUGAAGUAGAUGCCUUCUGGUGUUUCUGUGGCUUCAUGGAACUUGUGCAUGGGAACUUUGAAGAGAGUCAGGAGACUAUGAAGCGGCAGCUUGGGCAGCUCCUGCUGCUUCUGCGGGUGCUGGAUCAGCCACUCUGUGAUUUCCUGGAUUCUCAGGACUCGGGCUCGCUGUGCUUCUGCUUCCGGUGGCUGCUCAUCUGGUUCAAGAGGGAAUUCCCCUUUCCUGACGUCCUUCGGCUGUGGGAGCACAUCAAUGAACUGACCAUGAAGCUGAGCGUGGAGGAUGUGCUGACACGGGCAGAGGCUCUGUACAGGCAGCUGACGGCCUGCCCAGAGCUGCCACACAACGUGCAGGAGAUCCUGGGGCUGGCACAGCCAGAAGAGCCUAGUAGCCCAUCUCCUCCGGUAUCCCCAAUGCCCUUGUCACCCACUCGAGCCCCGAUGCCCCCGCCGCCGCCUGAGGAAGUGGCCCCGCAGCCUGACAGCAGUCUGGAGAUUCUGCCUGAGGAUGAAGAUGGUGCUUGACUGCUAGCCCAGUUCCUCAGACCGGGUUCCUGAAGAUUGACAGGUUCUGAGCUCCAUGUCCGAAGCCUAGAGCGGAGGGAGACCCUGAGCCGGCCAAUGAAAUGGAGGAAGGUCCUCCUAGAGGUACGGGAUUCCUCAGUGCCCGCCCACCAGCUGCUGCCAAUUUGAGGCAAUAAACCGUUCUCGUUUGACUGCA